AUUUAUACAUUCAAAUUUUUUAGGAGUUAUUUCAGUACACAAUAAUCUUUACUAUAGCCCACUUUAGCAUUAAUGAUUCACGCAGCGCGACGAGGCUUUACCUCUGACAGGAGGUUAUUUUAAUCGAAAAGGUUCGCUGGAAUCACGUGACCAACCAACACAGGCUGUCCCAGCGAGAGUUAGGGGUGCUGUGAAGAGUGGCCACCUCGCUCCUCGUGUCGUGGUGUCCAGAACGAGAGAAAAGUUGGAGAAAAAGUUUUGUAAGAGGAAAUACUACGCUUUAACUAGAUUUAGGCAACACCGGUGCUUUUGUCUGUUGUUUAAUUACUUUCAUGGGGUUUAUCGUUUCCUCUUUUUUUUGCUUUACUUUUUAAAUCAGUCAGAUUUAAUUUAAAAAAGUGUGUAUAUAUACAUAUGCAUUCGCACUGGUUACUCUUUUUAGUCUUCGUAAUAUCAAUGUUUCUGUACGAAGCCUCCGUGCUACAUCUGGUGGAGGAGAGCAGCCCGAAUCCGGGGAUAGUACAAUGAAGCCGUGCGUCCAUCUCCGAGACAAAGCAGCAGGAUGCUACGAAAGGACGGUAUUUCUCACAAAUCAGGGACAUUUCACUUGAACUCACCGAGAGGCCAAACAAAGAAUGAAGCCUCUGCAUGACAAGCUAUGACCAACAGAAAAGCACUGUAGAGCUCACAUUGCAAAGGGAAGACUUAAGAAUGAAGACCAAGUAUGCAAUCGUCUUUAUCUGUAUUGUGGCCCUGGUCAUCAUUGAAAAGGAAAGCAACAUCCUCUCUAGGGUCUCUGACAGAUUGAUCCAGAGGCAGAUGCCGCAGCAGCAGGAUUUCAGCAACAUAACACAAAAGGGCUCCUUGAUGGCACUCAAAAUGCUGCUGUCGCGACUCUCUGGUACAAGAAGGGAUAGCUCAAAUUUCUCAGAGGAAGAAGAGGAGGAAGAACUGGAUGAUUCGGGGACAUACAGCUACGCCGGUGGCCGUAAGCAUGUAUUACUCUUGGCCACCACACGGACAGGUUCCUCAUUUGUGGGGGAAUUUUUUAACCAGCACGGGGAGAACAUGUUCUAUCUGUUUGAGCCACUGUGGCACGUCGAGCGCAUGCUGACCCCGGCUGCAGAGGCAAACAAUGGGACGUUGUUGUCGGGAAUUUACCGAGAUGUACUCCAGGGGCUUUUCCUGUGUGAUUUCUCACCUCUUGAGAAGUUCAUCUCUCCCCCACCUCAGGACCAUGUCACCCCAUCUCUUUUCCGCAGAGAGUCUAGUUUAUCACUCUGUGAAGAACGGGUCUGCAGUCCUGUAAUCAGAGAUGUUUUUGAGAGGUAUCGCUGUAAGAGUCGUCGCUGUGGGCCACUGAACCUAACUCUUGCAUCUGAAUCCUGCCUUUCCAAACAACAUCAUGCCAUUAAGACUGUUCGUGUGCAUCAGUUGGACACACUACAGCCUUUGGUAGAGGACCCUCGCUUAGAUAUCAAAGUUAUCCAGCUAGUUCGAGAUCCAAGAGCUAUCUUAGCAUCGCGCAUGGUGGCAUUCUCUUCAAAAUAUCACACGUGGAAGGCUUGGGCGCAGAACGGCCAGGUGCCCGAAGAUGACGAGGAGGUGAAGAGGCUCAAAGGAAACUGUGAUCACAUUAGGAUGUCCGCAGAGGUUGGACUGAGCCAACCUCACUGGCUCAGGAACCGCUACAUGCUGGUCCGCUAUGAGGAUAUCGCCCUCUACCCUAUGCAAAAGGCAGAGGAGAUGUACAAGUUUGCAGGGAUACCAUUUAGUUCCCUGGCCAGGGAGUGGAUACUGAGGAACACCCAGACCACACAGAAAGCCAGCGGGAUUUACUCCACUCAGAAGAACUCAUCAGAGCAGGCAGAGAAAUGGAGAUUUACAAUUCCCUUUACAUUGGCUCAGGUAGUGCAGAGAGUGUGUGGACCCACCAUGAAGCUGUUCGGGUACAGAUUUGUGAAUGAUGAAAUGACACUGACCAACAAGUCCAUUAGUUUGCUUGAGGAUAGAUUAUUUAAUUAAACAGGAGGUGAACAUGUGAAUCUGCAAAAUACUACAGGGCAUGCAGUGCAUGAGAGCCAGCAGAAGCCAUUACUGUUCAGAUCGAAACAAAGGUGCCAUAAAAAUACAAAUAAAGGUGCCUCACAUGUAGGCCAUACAGUAAGAUGAUCGCCAAUGAUGUGCCUCAUUGAAAUAAUGAAAAGCUACUUGAUAAAGGGAAGUAUUUAUUUGCAUACUCUGUUCACUGAGUAGCCUGAAGAUUAAACUUUGUUUCAUGCUCUGUAUUUCAUUUAAAAAUGAAACAAGCACAGAUAUCAAGGCCAAAUGUGACAGAUUAUUAUGUAGGAUUUUUUUUUAAAAAAAUCUUUGUCAUGGUUGAAUUUUAAGUGACAAACUUAAAGUGAAAGUUAUGUGCAUAUGUUGUCUAAGGGAACUUUUUUCUUAGAGGACCUUAAGACCUUUUCUUAAUAACACCCAGUUUUGCUGGUUUCAUGUUUUCAUACAUCAGCAUUUCUAGGCAUUUGCUAGAGUUAUGUUUGAGUAGACAUGAUGUGCUGUGAUAGAGUUGAACAAAUCUUACUCAGGAAAAGUAUGUUGUGUCUCGAUGACAAGCAUUGAUAUUUUCUCAACAGUGUGCUGUGUAAGAGAAUAGGUUUUUCUUUUGAAAACUCUGAGAUUAGAGAAGAUGAAAUAAGAUUUAUUUAUCAAUUUAAAGAUGAUAUGAGAAGUAGUAACACUCAUAUAUCUAUAUGAAGUAUCUACAUUAAAUGUAAGUUUUUUGUUUUCUUUUAAAUCACACAACAGCUCAAAGUAAUAAAAUCACCCAAAAAUAUUAAGACCUGCAGGAUCUACCCUGUAAAGAUGCGUUGUUUUGAUAUGACCUGUGUAGGUGCACUCACUGGCCAGUUCAUUUGGUACACUUGUUCAGCUGUUUGUUAACACAAAUAUCUAAUCAGCCAUUCACAUGGCAGCAACUUGAUGCAUUUAGUUAUGUAUGCUGAAGUUAAAAUUGAGCAUCCGAAUGGGGAAGAGCAGUGAUUUAAGUGACUUUCAUGCUGUUGGUGCCAGAUAGGCUGAUCAGAAACUGAUCUGCUGGGAUUUUCCCCAUAACCAUUUCUAGGAUUUAGGGGAAAUGAUCUGAAAAAGAGAAAAUAUCCAGUAAGCUGCAGUUCUCUGGAAGAAAAUGCCAUGCUGAGGCCAGAGGGGAAUGGCAAGACAGGUUUGAGCAGAUAGGAAAGCAGCAGUAACUCAAACACUGUUGAAAGAUUUUAUGUUUUAUGUGUUUUUAUUCAUUGUUUUAUUAUCUUUCAUUAACAAGCAUAUCAUGAAGUGUUCAUAUAUUUCACAAGGUUGCUGAACUUUUCCACUGUUGUGCAAGCUGACAGUUAACCUACAACACAAGUAAGUUAAACAGGAAACAGAUGCAGCACCCAAACCACAAGAGUUGAAAAGUGCACCACGUUUCCUAGAAGAAGCAGCCAGACACACAUGUGACACACACACACCCACACACAACCGUUGGUUUAGAGCAGGGGUGGGCACCGAGGGCCGGUGUCCCUGCAGGUUUUACAUGUGUCCUUGAA